AGAACCGAGGCAUAAAAUCCAAGGAAUCCCGGGGGAAAUGGAAUCGGAUACGCUGGAUAAGGAGAGCGCAGCGGCGGCCCUAAAAAAGCUAUCGCAAAGUGAAAGUCCCGAAAGUGCGAAGAAAUGGGUGCCGAAGGUGGGCGAGGAGGAGGGGGAGGGGGAAGAGGCGCCGCCAACAAAGAGACAAAAGACUGCAGACGAAAAGGAGGAGAAUCGGGAGAAUCAGGAGGAAGACGAGGAUAGCGAGGACAGCGAAGAUUUGGAUGAUGAAGUGGACGAUGAUGAUGACGACGAGGAGAUUCCCCUUCUGAUUCCCGCCCGGGGAAUUCCCCAGAGUAGCAGCCAAAACAGUCUGAGGAAAUUCCAACGCAUCCCCGUCUUCAUUGUCGACUAUCACAACGAUGUUCUGGAGUUCAUCUACCGCUGCUUGGCCACCCGUCAUCUUCCCCUGGCGAACAACACCCUCGUCCACUUCGAUUCCCAUCCGGAUCUCGUCAUUCCCCGACAUAUAGCCGCCAGUUCCACGUACGAAAAGGAAACCAUGCUCAACGAACUGAGCAUCGAGAACUGGAUCAUGCCCACCCUAUAUGCUGGUCAUUUUAACCGAGUGGUGUGGCUGAAGAACUCGUGGUGCCAGCAGCUGCCAACCGGCAGGCAUGACUUCAAAGUGGGACAAAAGGACGAUCGGAUAGGAGUGGACUGUCCACUGGACUACUUUAUAGCCGAUGGCAACUACUGUACUACCGAGGAUCUCCAGGAAGCGAAGAGCGUGGAGCUGCAGGUUCACGAUGCAGACAACGAAAAUCUCAAUCCCAAUGACUUCUUGGCGGAAAGUGAUUCCAAGGGAUUCGUUCUAGAUAUAGACCUUGAUUUCUUCAGCACCUCCAACCCGUUUUUAGAGAUCUACAAGGAUGCCGAUUGCUACAAUCAACUGAAGGAGAUCUUCCAUUUCGAGAGCGUGGAAAAGGUGAAAAAGUCGGGAACUGCUUCUAUAGCUGAUUACUUGGCCACAGCGGACAGGCGACAGACUCAGUUGGAUGCACUGAAGACGAUUUUCUGGCACUUGGAGGAGGAGCGCAAUUUUGAGGGACUUGAGAAACCGGAUGAGACUGUGGUUACUCCCGAGGUGUAUGCUAAAAUUGUAAAACUUGCCGAACAGCUGCAAGAAAAGUAUCCAGACGAUGAAAUCGACUGGCAUUUGAUAUUCGAUUCGGGCAGCACCACCGACAAUAAUGGCUUGCCCCACCACAUCAGCACUGCCGAGGAGUUGGAGACGUACUUUGCCAACUUCAAGAGAUUCUUAGAACGACUACCGAUUCCCCCAGUGGCAAUCACAAUGGCCCAUUCCGCACAAGAUGAUUAUUGCCCCCAGGAUCAGGUGGCAUUUAUCGAGGAACGCGUUCUGCGGCUGCUACGGGAUGUUUUUGGCGAUAAACUGCAUGAGAAAGCCAUCCUGCACUAUAUGGACGAUCCUUGGGAUGUGAUGAAGCUAUAAGCUAACAAAUAUCUAAAGAGGUUUUCCACCCGCCAUCUCGAAAUAGUUUUAGACAUUACGAUUGGGCGGGAAAACCCCAUGACUUGGAGAUCCCUGUAGUGAUUUCAAACUAGAACUCAAAGAUGAAAAAUCCAAUUACAUUUAU